AUGGAGGAAUCUCAGUACUUGAUGUGGAUGAAGAGAAAACAAAUCUUGAAGUCACAUAUUCAAGAACCAUUUGGAGCCUGCAACAACAACAACUCAUGGGAGGAAAGGGCUUUUGCAGAAGAUGCGGCUAGGAUACUUGGUGGUUGUAGAUGGCCUCCAAGAUCUUACACCUGUCAUUUCUGUAAAAGAGAGUUCAAGUCUGCACAAGCUCUAGGGGGCCACAUGAAUGUGCACAGAAGGGACAGAGCUAAGCUCAAACAAAAUCUUAGCCAAGGGAAUGAAACCCUUCAUCAUCAUCAUCAUCACAAAAAUGAUUGUAAGUCUUUAUUUGCUCAAUUUUCUUCAGAGAACUGCUCUCACCUAGAUUGUUGUCUUAAUCCUUACUCUAACCUUGCUGCUGGUACAGUUACAACAAGCAAACUCUCAUCUUCUAGGCCAUCAACUAUGUCCACAAAAGAGAAUUUCUAUCAGCCUAACAUGUCUCCUGAUUCAGAACCAAAAGGGCUAAUCAAUGCAAGGGAAGAACUUUAUAAAGGUUUGGGAUGUAAAGAUUAUGUUGAAGCAAGUUUGUCUGUGGCACAAAAUUUGGUUUUUUGCCAAAAGUUACCAACUGAUUCACGUGGGGAUGAAGCCAUCAGAUAUAAAAGAACAAAGACUUCUAUUUCUUCUCUGCCUCUCUUCCUCAAGCCAUGUUCAAAUGAUAGACACCUAAAUUUUCAGUCUGCAGAAUUCGUACUUGGACUUAAGCCUGGAAUGGAAGACUUAGAUCUUGAACUCAGGCUGGGGAAACCACAGAAAGUUUAG